AUGAAAAUGCAGUUACGUGGAGGUAUGGAGAAUAUUUUUGAGAAACAAUUCUAUGGAUACGAGUCGAUGCAAAGUCUUGAUGGACAGAGUUUAUUUGCAGCUGUUGUAAUGAUACAGUUGAAAUGUUGUGGAUUCAGAGAUGCCUCAGAUUUCAAUGAUGUCAAGAUGUCAUAUGAAGAUAGAUAUGAUGGUCGUGACUAUACCAAUGUCGUGACUGCUGUACCCUGUUGUCAUAUGGAUGAAAACUUAGAACUGAAGGAUAAAGAGUGUCCAACAUCAGGAACUCCAGAUUCAUAUUAUAUAGAUGGAUGUAAAGAACCAUUCGGUGAGAAAGCUUUCCAAGUUAUAGCAAUGGUAGCGUAUGCUUCAAUUCUAUUAAUAGUGAUCAAUUGUGCACUUGUCGUCUGUGUCGUUCUUAUUCUCCGAGAGUUAUGGGUACAUCUUUAAACCUCUAUACAUAUAUAAAUACCAACCCUAUUUGAAUAAUAAUAAUAAUUACAAAAUUCACUGGAUUUUUUUAAGAUGCU